CUGUCUAGAAGGAUUCGAAAUGCCCGGACUGACGAGCCGCCGCAGCUCAUCUAGCAGGCUCCAGGCCUCUCCCGUCACAAUGGCCAACGAGCCAGACUCUGUCAAUCCCAGCCACGCUCUGUUUGACCGCUUUGUCCAGGCGCAGACGUGUAAAGAGACACAGCAGAACUUCAUCGAACUCUGUCGCCAUCUGAAGGUCGAGCCCAGGGACUACAAGCACUUCUACAGCAAACUGAAGGACAGACUCAACUACUGGAAAGCCAAAGACCUCUGGCAGAAGAUCGACAAGAGAGCCGCCCAUCCGGACUAUGAACAGGGUCAGGCAUGUCACCAAAACAAGUGUUUAGUGUUGGGUGCGGGUCCAUGUGGUCUCAGGACAGCGAUUGAAUUGGCUCUACUAGGCACUCAGGUAGUUGUACUGGACAAAAGAGUGUCUUUCAUGAGGAAUAAUGUCCUGCACCUGUGGCCGUACACCAUUCGAGACCUUCUCAACCUUGGUGCAAAGAAAUUCUAUGGCAGAUUCUGCAGUGGAUCCAUUCAUCACAUAAGUAUCCGUCAGCUGCAGUUGAUUCUGCUGAAACUGGCUCUGAUUUUGGGGGUCGAGGUGCACACAGGUGUGACCUUUGAAGGUCUGCUUGAACCAGCAGGAUCCACAGGAUGGAGGGCACAGGUGUCUCCUGGGUCCCACACAGCUGCUGCUUUUGAGUUUGAUGUUUUUAUUUCAGCUGGAGGAGGAAGAUAUGUGCCUGAUGGUUUUAAGAUAAAGGAGCUCAGGGGAAAGUUGGCCAUCGGUAUCACUGCAAACUUCGUAAACCGCCGCACUAAACAAGAGGCUCAGGUGCAGGAGAUCAGCGGUGUGGCACGAAUAUACAACCAGAAAUUCUUCCAAGAGCUCCACUCUGAGAUCGGCGUUGAUCUAGAGAAUAUUGUCUACUACAAAGAUGAUACUCACUAUUUUGUGAUGACUGCUAAAAAGGGGAGCUUAUUAAAAAAAGGAGUGAUAAAGCAGGACUUUCCUGAUGUCAAUCAGCUGCUCGCACCAGCAAACGUCAACCAGGAGGCCCUGCAGGAGUACGCAUACGACGCCGCUAACUUCUCCACAGAUCACAUGCUGCCGGACCUGGAGUUCGCCAAGAACCACGUGGGCCGUCCGGACGUGGCCGUGUUUGACUUCACCUGCAUGCACAGGGCAGAGAAUGCCUCUCUUGUGAAGGAGAGGAAGGGGAAGAGACUGCUCGUCGCGUUGGUGGGAGACUCUCUAGUAGAGCCGUUUUGGCCUCUGGGCACUGGCAUUGCUCGAGGUUUCCUGGCUGCGUUUGACACGGCGUGGAUGGUCAGGAAUUGGGGAAAAGGUGUGCUACCCCUGGAGUUGUUGGCGGAGAGGGAGAGCAUGUAUCAGUUACUCUCUCAAACGACUCCAGAAAACACCAGCAAGAACUACGCAUCCUACAGCAUCGAUCCAUCCACACGUUACCCGAACGUCAGCCUGUCCUGUAUCAAACCCACACAGGUCAAGCGUCUGUAUGACACAGAGGAUUGUAAAGCCAAGAAACAGAUGAAACCCAUCAUAAUAAUUAAACCUAAAAAAGAAUCUCUCAGGCGUCUGGAGGAUCUGCUGUCCUGGUGUCAGAAGAGCACAGCGGGGUACAAACAUGUGAAGGUGAAAGACCUGAGUGAGUCCUGGAGGUCCGGCAUGGCUCUCUGCGCUCUCAUCCACAACUUCAGACCUGAACUCAUUGACUUGUCUAGUCUAGAUGAAUAUAAUAUCACUGGGACCAAUAAGUUGGCCUUUGACCUCAUGGAGAGAGAGUUUGGCAUUACUCCCGUCAUGCGUGCCAGUGAAAUGACCACCUGUGGGAAAAUUGACCAGCUCUCUAUGGUCGUCUACCUCACACAGAUACGCAACGCUCUCACUGAGAAAGAGACCCCAGCAGAGUGCUCCAACAGCCUCUCGCUCAACAACAAGACCCUCUCGCUGUCCAGAACCCGCUCGGCCGCCUUCUUCCUCAACACGCUUAAGCGCAACUCCCUCCAAAGACGCAAGGACCGACUGGCAUCGGAGAAAGGACCAAGACAACAAAAGAUGAAGGAGAAAGAAGAGGAUAAGGAUGUGAAAGAGGAAAAAGUAAGUGGUUCAGACCCAGAAACGAUUGAUCAGUGGAUUGAUCUGGUCCAGGAGAAGAACAGUCUGCUCUCAGAGGAGUCCGAUCUCAUGGUGGCGUCUCGACAGCUGGAGCUGGAAGACAAACAGAGCAUGUUAGAGAUGGAGCUACGGAGAUACAUGGAAAUGGAUGACUCUGAGAAAACCCCUGAGCAGCGAGAACAUGAGAAUCGGGUCCUGCAGGAGAUGCUGGAUGUGGUGGACAUGAGGGAUUCACUGGUGGCCUUCCUGGAGGAGAAGAGGUUGAAGGAAGUCAAUGAUGAACUGCUGAGGAACUCCGUACUGGAGGCCAAGAAACAUUCAACCGCAGCAUCCCAGGUGCUCUGGGACUAAGACACCACAAACACACACUUUUUGAGUGCCACAACACACCAUAAAGUUCAUCAUUUACUCAUCCUCAUGCCGUUAUAAACCUUCUAUCACAUGUGUUAUCUUUUGUGGAAAACAAAAGGAAAAAGUUGCAUGAUGUUCUCUUUUUCAUUCAAUGAAAGUAAUGAUAAAAUCAUCAUAAAAGUAGAUACAAUUCCUUGAAGCCACAUGAUUGAUAUGAAGUUUAUUAGGUUUUCAUAUAAAGUUUUAAAAGUCGUUUUUCGGACUCAAAUCACAGCUUUGUUUAGUUUCAGUGAUGCCAAAUAUUAACCGUUCUCAUCUGCCUCAUAACCAGUUUUGCAGUGCUUAAAAAUUUCAGUGAACCAUGACUUGCAUUUUAUAGCAUAGAAAGCAGAAAGAAAGUCAUACAGAUUUGCAUUGCCAAGAGGGUGAAUAUUUAUUUCAGCCACACAAUAUAAACAAACCCUAUGACUUGUGGGCACAAAUGCAUACAUUGCACAACUUUGUGCAGAGACUGCUCUUAAAAACCAAAGAGUUCAACGCAUCUGCGCGCACAGGUUUAUGACACUCGAGAUUUGGGAACUAGUGCCAGCCGCUACGGUCUCACUCCAACAUAAAUGUGCUUUAAGAUGGAUACAGAAACUCUGGAGACUGUAGAAAAUGUUGUGGAACUGCACAUCCGUCGCAGCCUUCACUGCCCAGACACAACCUUUUCACAAGACUCUCACGCUCAAACACAGACUUUACUGGGGCAGAUGUUUGCGUACACGUGUGCCAUCGAGUCUAUCAAGGUCAUGUAUGUUCUAAAUAUCAAAAUUAUUAAAGCUUAUUUCAACCACAGAAUUUAAAAACUGAAAAGGUAAUUGUGAGUUUUUAUCUCAAAAUUCGGACUUUUGCAAGUGCACAAUUGCAAGAUGUAGUUAGUUAGCUGUAAGAAAAAACUAUUAUAACAGAAAACUGAAUUGUGUGAUGUAAAGUCAGAAUUCGGAGAGAGAAAAAGUCAACCUCGUUUUCACCAUGGAAUAAAAAAAAAAAGUAAAUGUGACAUUUUUAUCUCACAAUUCUGACUUUUUUCUUGCAAAAUGUAAACUCCCAAUUAAACUUGUGAAAUGUAGUCAGGAAUCUA